AUGGUUCAAAAACUUGGAAAAUGUGCAUUUAUGGCGAAAGCCGAUAUUUCGUCAGCAUUUAAUUUGUGCCCAAUUUGGCCAGGUGAUUUUGAUUUGCUAGGCAUUAAAUCAGAUGAAGGGUAUUGGAUACAAAAAACAUUACCAAUGGGAGCGUCUUGUUCCUGUUUCAUUUUCGAAAAAUUUUCAACUUUUAUUGAGUGGUUGGCCAAAAAAGAAGCAAAGUCUGAUUAUUAUGAUCAUCUUUUAGAUGAUUUCAUUAUAAUGCAUAAUUCGUUCGAUAACUGUCAGUUUCUCAUGUUAAAUUUUUUAGAAGUAUGUGCACGCCUUAAUGUUCCAUUAAGCAAAGACAAAUGGGAGGGUCCAGUAAAAAUUAUUACGUAUUUGGGUCUGGAGAUUGACGCGUGCGAACAAAUGAUACGCGUACCGCAGGAAAAAAUUGAUAAAGCAAAAUUGGCAUCAUUAUCUUUGAUUGAAAGUAAAAAGGUUACGCUGCAACAGCUGCAAGCGCUUACCGGUUUGUUAAACUUUUUAGCUAAAGCGUUACCGUCUGGGAGAGCAUUUAUUCGCAGGUUCUAUGAUAGAAUGUCGAAAGUGAAAAAAUCAUUUCACUUUGUUAGGGUCUCUAAGGAUAUGAGAGACGACGCUUAUACUUGGUUACAAUUUCUUGAAGAGUUUAACGGUACACGAAUAUUUAAUGAGUCCGAAUGGUUUGAAAAUGGCGUUCUUGAGUUAUAUACGGACGCUGCUGGAAACAAAAAUAUGGGAUGCGGUUGUUAUUUCAAUGGCUCAUGGUCUGUAUUUAAAUGGCCCCAAACCUGGGAGGAAAACAUAUUUAAAGACAUUACAUAUUUAGAACUUAUUCCAAUCCUUCUAGCGUUACAUAUCUGGGGUCGGUUGCUAGAAAGGAAAAAGAUAAUAUUAAGGACUGAUAACGCUGCCCUUGUUGAUAUUCUGAAUAAAAAAUCAUCAAGGAACAAGAAUGUCAUGGUACUCAUACGUUCUCUCAAGAGAAAUAUUCAAGUAAAAGCAAAGCACGUUCAUGGUAAACGUAACAAAAUUUGUGACUCUAUUAGUCGUUUUCAGUGGCAAAGACUUCACAGACUUCUGCCGGACUCCGCGUCAAGGACGCCAUGCUUGAUCCCGGACUCUUUCCUUCAGACAUUGCGCUUGAACGUGAAGUAG